UUAUUUUCGUUUACCUUACUUCUUUUACCUCUCAAAAAGGUGAUAUGACGAUUAGGUUUUUGGCCGCCUCUAGUGGCGUUUCACAGCGAAUUUCUGGUCAUUUUGACCCAAAUUGAGAGGGAUUUUAUGUCCUUUCAUGUGUUCAUACGAUUACCAGUUUUAAUUUUAUUUAUUUUUUAGCUAUUUUCCAUACAGCUUUGAAUUUCUUGGCCUUAUCUGAACUCUAUUUAUGCUUUCUAUUGAGCCGAGGAUCUUUCGAAAACAGCCGUCCUAUCUUGGUUGGAGUAAGGUUUGCGUACACUCUACCCUCCCCAGACCCCACGUUGUGGGAUUUCACUGGGUUGUUGUUGUUGUUGUUAUUUUUUAGCUAUUUACACCAUUUGAGUCGUGUUUUGUGGAUGUUGCUCGGGUUUUUCCACACGUGAUGGUUUCCAUGGGCAAGACCUCGAUUCCUUAGCCAUCUUGUGCACCACACACACUUGGUGGAAAACCUAGGGUAAUUUCCAUGAAGCUUCAUCGGUUGGGUAUGAAUUUUGGGGAUUUUAUCCCAUUGGUACAAUUGCACCGUUGGAAGUGUACCAUAAUCUGAACUUUGUUGGCGAGUGUACUAUUCCAUGUAUUUAUCUAAUUUUUGUGGAUUUUAUUGAUUUUAGGGUACAAGUUUGUUAGAUUUUUGUUUGUCCUAUCUAUUUUAUUUUUUGAAAUCUUGAUAAGGUACAAUUUGGAGAAUUUUUUGGGGGGGAAUGUAAGGACAGGUGUCCUUAUUUUCGUCCUAGGGAUUCCUAUGCAAUGAAAGUUAUAAAUAGUAGGUGAAAAAAGCAAGAAAAGGGGUCUAGAUUUUACUCCCUAAAAAAAGGCUAUGUUUCAUAUACACUAGCUAGUUCAAUUGAUAAGGAUAUACAAAAAAUACAAUAUAUAGAAGAAAAAAAAAUAUAUAUAUAUAUAUAUAUAAGAAGAAAAGGUGAUUUUAAGGAUUUGAGAAGGGUUUUUGUUGCUUGGAGUUGAAUCAAUCCCCUUUUGAUCUUUAGGUUGCCCCUACAAAAGACGCUUUGUGGCAAAUGAAUUUGAGAUCAAGGGCAUCAAUGGAGUCUGGAUCUUAUCCUGUUCGUGAAGGUGAACCAGAUUGUUCCUAUUAUAUCAGAACUGGUCUCUGCAGAUUUGGAUUGACUUGCCGAUUCAACCAUCCUCCUAAUAGGAAACUGGCCCUUGCUGCAGCAAGUAUGAGAGGAGAGUAUCCAGAAAGAGUGGGACAGCUAGAAUGCCAGUACUACUUGAAGACUGGAGCUUGCAAGUUUGGAGCAACAUGCAAGUUUCACCAUCCUAGAGACAAGGCUGGGAUUGCUGGAAGAGUUACCCUAAAUGUCUUGGGCUAUCCAUUUCGCCCGAAUGAGAUUGAAUGUGCUUAUUACAUGAGAACUGCACAGUGCAAGUUUGGAAGUACUUGUAAAUUUCAUCAUCCCGAACCUUCUAACAUGAUGGCCUCUUUUCAUAAUUCUCCUGUUUAUCCUCCUCGUCCUCCUUCCACAAUUCCUGGUCAGCUGUCCUAUCCCUUGUCCAGGGCUUCUUUCAUUUCCGGUGCACGCUGGCAAGGUCCUUCAAGUUAUGCACCACUGCUACUGCCUCAGGCAAUGGUACCGGUUCCAGGAUUUGCAUACAGUUACCUUUUUCAGGGUCAGCUGGGCUCAGUUUCAUCCCCUGAGGGCCAGCAAGAUGCAGCAGGAAAUAGCCAGGUUUACGGGAGUUCACGAUCAAGUGAUAAAGCGACCAUGGUAUCCGAAGGAAUGAAUUCUUCAUAUCGUGCCAGUUCUUUACCUGAGGGGUAUUACACAGUACGGAGAGAGAAUGUUUUCCCUAAACGAGUGGGCCAGCCUGAAUGCCAGUUUUACAUGAAGACCGGAGACUGUAAGUUUGGUGCUGUUUGUAGAUUCCAUCAUCCAAGGGAAAGGCUCCUUCCUCCUGCUGAUUGUCUGUUGAGUCCUAUUGGUCUCCCUCGACGCCCCGGAGAACCGUUGUGUAUUUUCUAUUCUCAAUAUGGGAUCUGCAAAUUUGGACCGAGUUGCAAGUUUGACCACCCAAUGAGAGUUUUCACUUAUAAUAUCUCAGCUUCAUCUUCUACUGAUGAUCCUGCUGUUCAGCGUCUGUUGGGUUCAUCAUCAGGAACUGGUGCAUUGACUUUGACUACAGAAGGGAUUAUUGAAGCAGCCUGCACAGAGCCCAGGCGAUCAUCACUAUCAGAACCAACAAAGAUGCCACCUGGUGGUAAUAACAUUGACAGAGAGGAAUAAUUUUAUCCUGAACUACCAGCCAGCAUAAUCAAUUUGUAUCAUUUCAAGAUUAAUCAUCAUUUUGUACCUUUUUGAUAAUCAAUAACAGUUCCCUGUAAAUUUAUUUCCAUUGCUUGAGAUGUACAGAAUCCUUUAAAGUCAGUUUGUUCUUCUGAAAAUGCAUUUCAGUUGACGGGUUGACAUCUUUCAGCUUCACUUUGGUAAUAUGUUUAUAAGUUUGCAAACAAUCGGUCAAUUAACUGUUUAUUUAUCAUC